AUGCCCCCCUUACUCCCCCGACCAUCGCUCAUCCCGCGAGGAUGCAGCACGACCCCCUCGACCGCAACAGCCGCACUCUCCCGCCUGUUCACAACAACCGCCCUCCACGCCCAGCAAACCCAGCAAAAGAUCCCGCCCGAGUCUCCCCUCUUCAUCAACGUGCCGAACCCGCCGCAAGACCAGUCCGUCGAGGCGAAGCGCGAGCUCAAGCCCAUAAAGGGGUUCAUCCCAGUCCCGCGACGUAUCUUCGCCCACCGCGACAGCCACCAGAAGCCCACACCCCAAUGGCUGGCGCAGGCCGCGCCGGAGCCGACGUCUCCGAAAUCGCAGGAGGAGCCGCGGUCCGAGAUCCAGGCGUGGAAGCGGCGGAUGGCGGCGGGUCGGCGCAGCAACAUGCGGUCGGGAGUCAAGGACCUGUGGGCGCGCAAGCAGCGUUCGGACGCGCAGCUGCUGCAGAAGCAGAGCGCGCGACUGGCGGCGAACCGGGCCGCGGCGACGGCGCUCGAGCGCGAGGACGAGCGCCUGACGCGUGCGACCGUGACGGCCGCCACGCUGCGCACAGCCGUGCUGCCGGACCCGCUGCGCUUCGAGCACGCGUUGGAGUCGCGGGCACGCACCACGGCGCUGCACGAGCAGCGCAGCGAGGCGCGCCGCGACGCCGUGCAAGAGCUGUACAUGAACGCGCGGCAAUUCAUCGUGACCGAGGCCGAGCUCGAGGCCCGCGUCGAGAGGCUGUUCGCGCCCGACUACUGGAAGUCCCACGGCCUGACCGGGACCGGCCACGCCAUCGAGAACAUCUGGGACCUCGAGGGCAAGCCCAUGACCGUCGGUGACAUGGUCAACGACGUCACGCGCUCGACAAACUCCGUCAUGAAGAGCUACGAGUCCGAGAGCACCCGCACCUUGAAGAGGCAGAAGCAAGUCGCCGAGGAGCUGACGGGUGGCAAGAUGGAAUAG